UGAAAGUAGUCUCAAUGUAGGCUCCAUCUUGCUCCAUGGGAACUGAUGCAGACGAUGUUCUUAAUAUCUGAAAGUUUUUUUUUUAAAGAUGAGUGAAUUUAAAUCGUGGAAAUCAGUUUGUGUUUUUAAUUUUAAGUUAAAGAACUCUUCAACAGAAAUUUGCUGUAAUUUUACACAAUCAUUUUUGAAUAUUUUACUUUUAUAUAGUGAUUCUCAGUUAGUGGCCAAAGGUUUGGAGCAUGCUUUGGAAAGCAGUACACACACAAUAUCCUUUAAUUCUAGUGAAGGUGUUGCUGAUGAUAAAACUUUGGAGUGUGAUUGGGUUGAAUAUUGGGAUCAACAUGGCCAUCAACUAGUACUUGACAGCUGGAUUGAAAAAUACAAAGAAUUUAUUGACCCAACAUAUCAAGAAACCCACAAGGACAAAUUUUGUUCCUCCGAAGAGGUUUUUCUGGACAAGGAAGAAAUUUCUCAACCAACUGAUUUUCAGUGGACACCACUCUGGGCAGAACAUCAACAAGAGCAGUACUUGUAUUACCAAAACUGGUUCUCUCAGUGGUGGACAGAGAAAGAGUUGCAAAAGCAAGCCUGUGUUAUUGCAGAAGAGAGCAUAGAAGUGAAAGAGUUGAGUGAAAAUAUUAAUCCUGUUUCCACACUUGAGUUUGAAAACCUCUCUCUCCAAGCAAACCCAGAAAUGGAGGAUUCUUUGAACUCAAGUCCCAUUCAUACAAAUGCAAAUCAGUCUGAAAAGACAAUAUUAGAAAAAACCCAAGAUUUCUUAGAUGGGUUAGGACUGGCAAGCAAUAUGAAAAGCGCAGAUUCCAAUAUAACUUGUUGCAAAGUGCUGGCCAUGAAGAAGAAGAAGAAAAAGAAAAAGAAAAAGGUAGCUUACAACACUGUUGUGGCUGAACAAAUUGCUCAUUACGCCAAGUUUGGUCUUAAUAUGCAAGAGGAUGAAGAAACCCAGAAUGUCCAGCAGCUGCCUGAAAUACCUGAAAACAAGGAGUUGAAAAAGUACUGGGCCCAACGCUAUCGGCUGUUUUCGAAAUUUGACAAGGGCAUUCGAUUGGAUUACGAUUCGUGGUUUUCGGUAACGCCGGAACGCAUCGCUCGACACAUUGCAGAUAGAUGCCGCUGUGACUUAAUAGUUGAUGCCUUUUGUGGAGCCGGGGGAAAUUCCAUUCAGUUUGCAUUCAAAUGUGAAAGAGUCAUUGCGAUAGAUAUUGAUCCUUCAAAAAUAGAGCUAGCUAGGCAUAAUGCAUCUGUAUACGGAGUAGCUGAUCGAAUUGAAUUCAUCGUCGGAGAUUUUUUUCAAUUGGCUCCGAGUCUGAAAGCAGAUGUUGUCUUUCUCUCACCUCCGUGGGGUGGACCGAAAUAUCUCUCAGCGCCCCAAUUUUGUUUGGAAGAUAUGCAACCUAACGGAUUCGACAUAUUCAAAGCAGCACAAAAGAUUACAUCAAACCUGGCUUACUUUCUUCCAAGGAACACUAAUGUAGAUCAACUGAUUGGACUCGCCACUGAUGGUAAAGCUGAAAUCGAACAAAACAUCUUGAAUAAUAAAAUAAAAACUAUUACCGCCUAUUAUGGAGAAUUGAUUCUUGAUCCCUAGUGACCUUAGAUUUGAUGCCAAUAAAUAAAUCGCCCGGGCCUACUGUCAUAAAAUUCUUGCCGAGUUUGAGUGUCUCUUUAAAGAGACACUCAAUUAAUUAAGAAGAAAAUAUAAACUUUUGAUUAUACUCAA